UAUUCCCACAAAUGCAAAUCGGAAAGUAAAAAUUAUGAACUGAAUUUCUCUUCGCAAAUCUGACAUUUCUCUCUGAAUUCAAUCUACUUUCUUCUGCGAUUGCUAUCACUGCAUUCAUUUCAUAAAUCACUGCUCAACUCUGUUUAAACCCUAUAAUUUUGGCUGUUUUGAGUUUGGGGAGUGUUGUUUUUGGUUUGAAUAGUUCGAUCUCGAUCGUCUGGAGCGUAGCCGUUCGACCCAGCCAAUGCAAUGGUGGUCUGCAAGUGCCGUAAGGCGACUAAACUGUAUUGCUUCGUCCACAAGGUGCCAGUUUGUGGGGAGUGUAUAUGCUUUCCAGAGCACCAAAUUUGCGUGGUACGCACUUAUUCGGAGUGGGUAAUUGAUGGAGAGUAUGAUUGGCCUCCUAAAUGCUGCUAUUGUCAAGCUGUUCUUGAAGAGGGAACACCCGCACAAACCACACGAUUGGGUUGUUUGCAUGUUAUACAUACAAGCUGUUUAAUUUCACACAUUAAAAGUAUUCCACCACACACUGCUCCAGCUGGUUAUAUGUGUCCAACUUGUUCAACUCCAAUAUGGCCUCCAAAAAGUGUCAAAGAUUCUGGAUCACGUCUUCAUUCGAAGCUGAAAGAAGUAAUAAUGGAGACGGGUUUGGAGAAGAAUUUGUUUGGGAAUCAUCCCGUUUCUUUUGGAAUAGAGCCUCGAAGCCCUCCGCCUGCAUUUUCAUCAGAGCCACUAAUUCAUUCUUCUGUUGGAAAUUCAACCAAUAGUGCAACAGGCUCUGCAAGGCCAGCAAGUCUGGAUAUAGUUGAGAUCGAUCGACCUAGUUCUGCCACAGCAUCUUUACCCAAUCAAGAGACCAAUUUCAUGAAAAGUACAAGUCCAACUGCUCCUGGUGCCACCACGCGGAAGAGUGCAUUACAAGUUGAAAGACAGAACUCUGAAAUCUCUUAUUAUGCCGAUGAUGAGGAUGGAAACAAGAAAAAGUACUCAAGAAGAGGUACAUUUCGCCAUAAGGUCCUCAGAUCACUGCUGCCAUUCUGGUCUAGUUCGUUGCCAACUCUGCCAGUGACUGCACCACCACGAAAAGAAGCAUCCCAUGCAGAUGAUGCCUCAGAAGGUCGUUCAAGGCCCCACAAAUCUUCAAGAAUGGAUCCGAGGAAACUCCUCCUAGUUAUAGCUAUUAUGGCUUGCAUGGCGACAAUGGGCAUUUUGUAUUACAGAAUUUCGCAACGCGAGCUCAGUCAAGAGAUGACGAAUGAAGAGCCAAUUCAGUAACGAAAAAUGUCACAAUUUUUCAUCAUCCCGGUAAAUGGCAUUCCACCGAAAUCCUGUUGGCUAUGAGACAUGGGAAUUAUUCGUUUCGUGACUGAGGGAAGGAAAUCAAAUCUGAGCAUUGCUGUAAAACUCAAGUGCUGAUCAUCAUCGUCUGUGUUUUGUUUCUGUGAGUAGAGAGUGAAAUUCGAAACACCAGCAAUGGUGACAAGACUCCUCAUCAUAAAAAAUAGCCUUGCUUCAAACCUGUUUUAUUUCCUUUUGCUGUGGAUUUCAAAUCAAAGCCUGGUUGAAUUGAGUUGCUGCUAUACAUACAUACAUACAUACA